GUCCCUGCGGCCCGGGGCUGCUGGGGGAUUUCCUGGGCGGAAGUAGCGGAGGGGGUUUCCAGGGUUCCAGGUUCCAGGUUCCAGCUCUGACCUGCCGCUGGAUCUCUGAGCUGGAUCCGCUCUCUUCUCUCUCUCACACACGGACACAACCCACAGGACCCGGACCACCCCGAACCCGAACCCGGACCCGGACCAUGAGGAGUCUCCCCGAGGCCCGGAGGCUCCGACACAGCGGCAGCGGCAGGUUGACGGUUUGAAUCCCGGACAGAGUCCACCGAGGAGCCGCGGAGCCGCGGAGAGGAGCUGCGGCCUGGGGAGGAGAUUCAUGUCAUGUCCGCGGGGAGGAGUCCUGAUGGGAGGGAGGUCCAGGUUCCCCUCCAGCAGGCGGCGCCCUCCCUCAUCCCGCCCCCUGGCGCCCCCCCAUCCCACCGGCCGGUCAACCCCUGGCCUCCCAGCGAGCCGUCCUCUCAGCCAGGUGCCGCGGGUUUCCUGCCCCUUCAUGGAGGAUUCAGAGACCACUUUGUAGAAACUCCAGAGGACAAAUACCGCUGCGAGUCCUGCAGGCUGGUCCUGAGUCAACCCCGGCAGACGGAGUGUGGACAUCGGUUCUGUCAGACCUGCAUCGAGGACAUCCUCAGCCACCAGAACCCAGUGUGUCCUGCAGACAUGGAGCCGCUGUUCAAAGACAAGAUCUUCAAAGAUGUUUGCUGCCAGCGGGAGAUCAUGGCGUUGAAGGUUUUCUGUCGCAGUGAAGCCAGCGGCUGCCAGGAGCAGAUGAGUCUGCAGCAGAUCCCAGACCACCUGAACGUGUGUCCGUUCUUCGAGGUUCCUUGUCCUCUGGGGAAAUGUAAAGAGCGAAUGAUGAGGAAGGAGAUCCCCGACCACCUGAGCUGGAAAUGUAAACACAGAGAGACCAGCUGUGAGUUCUGCUCCACCAAGAUGCCCCUGACUGACCUGCAGAAACACAAAGAGACGGUGUGUCCAGCGUUCCCGGUGUCAUGUCCCAACCACUGCUCCUUCUCCUCCCUGCCCCGGAGCGAGCUCUCCAGCCACCAGCACGACUGUCCCAAAGCUCAGGUCAGCUGCCAGUUCCAGCGCUACGGCUGCACCUUCAAGGGUCUGAACCAGGACAUGAGGCAACACGAGUCGACCUUUGCAGCUGAACACCUGAGGAUGAUGGCCAACAGGAACUGCUCCUUGGAGACCAAGGUGGAGGACGUGAAAGGUGAGCUGAUGGAGAGGUACAAGGUUCUUCCAGCUCUCAGCAGCCGACUGUCGGACCUGGAGAAACAGAACGAUGAGCUGAGAGAGAAGAACCGGCAGAUGGAGCAGAAACUGGCUGCCAUGCAGAAACUGAUGAGCUCUCAUUCAGAGAAGCUGCUGGAGGUAGAGCUGGAGCUUCGUUCUCUCCGGGUGCUCAGAGACGAGGUGGAGAACCUGAGGGGAACGCUGGAGAACGUCAGGACCAGGCUCAGCGCUCUGGAACAAGGGGGGCGCAGCGGGACCGGAUCCACAACACACACUCUGGCGUCUCUGGAGUCUCAGCUGAAUCGCCAUGACGACAUGCUGAGCGUCCACGAGAUCCGAUUGGCCGACAUGGACCUGCGGUUCCAGGUGCUGGAGACGGCGAGCUACAACGGGACUCUGAUCUGGAAGAUCCGCGACUACAAGAGGCGGAAACAGGAGGCGGUGGCUUCGAAGACGCUGUCUCUUUACUCGCAGCCGUUCUACACCGGCUACUUCGGCUACAAGAUGUGCGCCCGGGUUUACCUGAACGGGGACGGCAUGGGCAAGGGGACGCACCUGUCACUGUUCUUUGUGGUGAUGAGGGGGGAGUACGACGCCCUGCUGCCCUGGCCCUUCAAGCAGAAGGUGACCCUGAUGCUCAUGGACCAGGGUCCGUCCAGGAAGCAUUUGGGCGACGCCUUUAAACCGGACCCCAACAGCAGCAGCUUCAGGCGUCCCGUGGCGGAGAUGAACAUCGCGUCCGGGUGUCCCCUGUUCGUGGCCCAGAGCGUCCUGGACACUGGCAGCUACAUCAAGGACGAUACCAUCUUCAUCAAGGUUACCGUGGAUACCUCUGACCUUCCUGACCCGUGACGAUGAGAUUCUCUGACCUCUGACCUCUGACCUCCUGGUCUGAGAUGAGCUCACGAGUCCACGGCGAGCAGAGCAAAGCAUGAUGGGAAGGAUGAGGGGUGUGGGAGGCCCGUCCGGUCUGAGAACGACGCCGAGACAACAGAAGAAAAAGAAGAAGAAACAGGAAGCAGCCAAUCACAGAGAACUUUACUGAGGCUUCUCCUCCUCCGAUUGGCUGGUGGACUUCAGAACUUUAUGUGUGUGUGAAUGGAUCAGCGUUACCAUGACAUCACCAUGGUGACAUCACUCAGAGCCAACAUGGCCGACACAGUGAGGACAGUGUUGCCGCUCGUUACUGAUGCUGUGCAUCGAGCUUUACUUCCUGUUUAUUACCCGUUUACCGAGGCAUGCUGGGAAAUCCACCAUAGCCACAGAGGAGCUUGGUUCAGACUGGUCCAUCCCGGUCCACACCGGUCCAUACCGGUUCAGACUGGUCCAUACCGGUCCAUACCGGUUCAGAGUGGUUCAGGCUGGUCCAUACCGGUCCAUACCGGUUCAGACUGGUCCAUACCGGUCCAUACCGGUCUAUACCGGUUCAGAGUGGUUCAGGCUGGUCCAUACCGGUCCAUACCGGUUCAGACUGGUCCAUACCGGUCCAUACCGGUCUAUACCGGUUCAGAGUGGUUCAGACUGGUUCAGGCUGGUCCAUACCGGUCCAUACCGGUCCAGACUGGUCCAUACCGGUUCAGAGUGGUUCAGGCUGGUCCAUACCGGUUCAGAACCAGUCCAGUUAAAACAGAGCAUUAGAAACUCCUUCCAGUCCAAACCCAGGUGAUAUUCAUGAGGUGUUCAGGAGGUUUCUAGGGGAUAACUGAUCAGACUGGUCUCUGAUGAACAGGUUAAUUAGACCUGAUGUUUAUCUGAACAAGGCUGAACCUGGAGCUCCUCCGUGGCCUCAGUGAUUCUCAGCGUCCACAGACUUUUUUCAUUUGCACAGUUUGAGUGUUUGUUGUGUGAAAUUAAAAACUGAAAUAAAAGAAAAGCUGCUUUUA